GGGGACCACCGUCUCUAAAGUGAAUCAAGACACCAGUUCUGAGAGUGUCCAGAAGCCCAGAGCAGAGUCACCUACAACCAGCCUGCUAUCAAUGAAGUGUGAUCGGCCACCUGCUUUCAGCCAGGAACCAUUACCAGAUGACAAUAAGGAAGUGGAGAGUUUGGACAGUGAGGAUGUAUUAAAGAUCACACACAACCUUUUGGACAGAAGAAGUCAAACUCUGCUGACAGUCCAACAAGACAUUAAGGCUAAACUGAAACACAAGUAUCAACACAUAUCUGAAGGAAUUGGACACCAUGGAAACCAGAGUCUGUUCAAGGACAUCUACACAGAGCUCUACAUCACAGAGGGUGGAAGUGGAGGGCUCAAUAAUGAACAUGAGGUUAGACAGAUAGAGAUGGCAUCCAAGAAACGAACCACACAAGAGACACCAAUCAAAUGCAACGACAUCUUCAAGCCUUUACCUGGACAAGACAAACCUAUCAGAACUGUGCUGACAAAAGGAAUCGCAGGCAUUGGAAAAACAGUCUCUGUGCAGAAGGUCAUCCUUGACUGGGCAGAGGGAAAAGCAAAUCAGGAUGUUCAUUUCAUGUUUCCUCUUCCUUUCCGUGAUCUGAACCUGAAAAAGGACCAAUACAGUCUGAUGCAACUUCUUUCCCACUACUUCUCAGAGCUGAAAGAGAUUGACAGCAUUGAAGAUGGUGAAACCAAAACUGUUUUCAUUUUUGAUGGUCUGGAUGAGUGUCGACUUCCUCUAGACUUCAAAAACAAUGAGAAGUGCUGUGAUGUCACGAAGCCAACCUCAGUGGACGUGCUGCUGAUAAACCUCAUCAAGAGGAAUCUGCUUCCCUCUGCUCUCCUCUGGGUAACCUCAAGGCCUGCAGCAGCCAAUCAGAUCCCUCCUGAGUGUGUUGACCAGGUGACAGAGGUACGAGGGUUCAAUGAUCCACAGAAGGAGGAGUAUUUCAGGAAGAAAAUCACAGAUCAGAAUCUGGCCAAUGAAAUCAUCAAACACAUGAAGACAUCAAGGAUCCUCCACAUCAUGUGCCACAUGCCAGUCUUCUGUUGGAUAUCAGCCACGGUCCUUGAGAUGAUACUGAAAGAGGCAUGGAAGGAUGAUGUCCCCAAAACUCUGACCCAGAUGUACUCACACUUCAUACUCAUCCAAAUCAUCGUGAAGAACAGGAAGUACAACAAAGCCACAGAGACAAACCCAAAGGAACUGUCACAGUCAGACAAAGAGAUGAUCCUGAAACUGGCAAAGCUGGCUUUCCAACAGCUGCAGAAGGGCAACCUGAUCUUCUAUGAGGAGGACCUGAGAGAGUGUGGCCUUGAUGUCACAGAGGCAUCAGAGUACUCAGCAUUGUGUACAGAGAUCUUUAAAGAAGAAUCUGGGCUGUACCAAGACAAGGUCUACAGCUUUGUGCAUCUGAGCAUUCAGGAGUUUCUAGCAGCAGUGCAUGCUUUAGAAUCAUGUCUGGACAAGAAGGAAAAUGUUUUCUCCUCCACUAGUGACGAUGAGGAGAAGGAGUCAAUCAUAAAAGCAGUCACUAGUGAUGAUGAAGAAAAGGAGUCAAUCAUAAAAGCAGUCACUAGUUAUGAUGAAGAGAGGGAGUCAAUCAUGAAUGCAGUCACUAGUUAUGAUGAAGAGAGGGAGUCAAUCAGAAAAACAGUCACUAGUUAUGAUGAAGAGAGGGAGUCAAUCAGAAAAACAGUCACUAGUGAUGAUGAAGAGAAGUCAAUCAGAAAAUCAGUCACAAGUUAUGAUCAUGAUGAUUACUGUGAUUAUGGUGAUGAUGAUUACAAUCAUGAUGAAGAUGAGAAGGAUGAUGAAGAGGAGUCAAUCCAGUUGUCUGACUUACACAGGAGAGCAGUGGACCAGGCCUUGAAGAGUGAGAAUGGACACCUGGACCUGUUCCUCCGCUUCCUUCUGGGUCUCUCACUGGAGUCCAAUCAGAAUCUGUUACGAGGCCUUCUGACACAGACAGGAAGUACAACACAGACCAAUGAGGAAACAGUUGAGAGAACAGUCAGGUACCUUUCAGACAAGAUAAAGGAAUCCUCACCAGAAAGGAUCAUCAACUUGUUCCACUGUCUGAAUGAACUUGGUGCCAACUCUCUAGUUGAAGACAUGCAGACCUCCCUGCGAUCAGGAACUCUUUCAGAAACAAGACUAAAACCUGACCAAUGUUCAGCCCUGGCCUACCUGUUACUGAUGUCAGAGGAGGUGCUGGAGGAGUUUGACCUGAAGACAUACAACACAUCAGAGAAAGGUUAUCAGAGGUUGCUGCCGGUAGUGAGAACCUGUAAGAGAGCACUACUGGAUCGCUGUAAACUCACAUAUAAAUCCUGUGAGACUCUGGCCUCAGCUCUGCAGACACCAAACUCCCCCCUGAGAGAACUGGACCUCAGCUACAAUGACCUGGAAGACAGAGGAGUGGAGCUGCUCUGUGUUGGACUAACCAGUCCACUCUGCAACAUACAGACACUAGUACUAGCUGGCUGUAAACUCACAUAUGAAUCCUGUGAGACUCUGGCCUCAGCUCUGCAGACACCAAAUUCCCCCCUGAGAGAACUGGACCUCAGCAACAAUGACCUGGAAGACAGAGGAGUGGAGCUGCUCUGUGUUGGACUAACCAGUCCACUCUGCAACAUGGAGAGACUAGUACUGGAUCACUGUGACCUCACAUAUGAAUCCUGUGAGACUCUGGCCUCAGCUCUGCAGACACUAAACUCCCUGAGAGAACUGGACCUCAGCCACAACAAUGACCUGGGAGACAGAGGAGUGGAGCUGCUCUGUGAUGGACUAACCAGUCCACUCUGCAACAUACAGACACUAGUUUUAGGUCACUGUGGUCUGACAGAGGGUUGCUGUUCAGCUCUGGCCUCAGUCCUGAGUUCACCCAACUCACAACUGAAACAACUGGAGCUGAGAGACAAUGACCUUCAGGACUCAGGAGUUACACGGCUGUCUGCUGGACUGAAGGAUCCAGACUGUAAACUACACACACUGGGACUCUGUACCCGCCUGCCUGACCACGAGCCUGUCUGCCA